GAUGGCUGCGCCCAAUGUUCUUGAAACGGACCGAUGGCUCUCCGAAAUCUUACAAUUUAGGAAGAAUCCGGUAUCAUUUUUCACAUCUAGACAGAUGGAAGCUGGCGAUUUUGUCCUUGAUAUUUUGCAGGCCCUGUAUUCGGAUAAUCUUGGUAAUUCCAUCAGAGUUGUCCUCUUGAGCACUCUACAAGAAAAUGGAUCAUGCCUCAUGUCCACACCUGAAAGUAUUGAGCAGACAGUUGGGUCUUUGACUGGCAUGUACAGCCAGACAAUUGUUGAGUCCUCUGCAUUCUACACCAGCCAGCUACUCGUCACCAUCACAACCAUAUUACUGGAGUCCGGACAGUUGACGGCACAGCCAAGGAUGUUUACAGAUUUUGUCGACCUUCUGUUGGACGUUGUUUCAAAGGUCAACAGCGCUGUAGAUCGGGCUGUCCGAGGAACGGCCUGUCAGUGUCUGAGUGAAAUUGAAACCAUGCAUCCCGGUAUUUUGAUGAGAAAAUUGGAGCAUUUCUACGCCAUGAGCCAGUUGGAAUAUACACAUGUCUGCCAGAACUACAUGACAUUAUUUGUGCAGGUCCUGAAGAACUCAAUUGAAGUCUUACAAAGAAGUGGAGACAGUAUCGCCGCCAGUGAAAUGACCGACUUACUUUGUACAAGGAAGGAACCCCUCAAGCCGCUUUCGCUACCAGAUGGCUUCAACAAAAAAAUGUUCCAACUUGGCCCACCAAAAGAGCUGCUCGCCUCAAGAAAUCCAUUUGAGGAUGUAGAUUGUAAGGAGCUUCAACGCUGCUUCACAUUCUUGUUAGACCAGCAUCAUCUCAUGACUACACCGUGUGCUGUCACUAGCAUCCAGAAGCUCAUCUUCUGUAUGAAGGCUGUGCCCAAAAAGAACAUUCCACCGAGUAUCUUGAAGUCUUUAGUGACGCUGCUAGAAUCGACACAAGACGUGGCCAUGUUUCAUGCAUUACUGGUGCUCAAGUUGACGUUUGGAAGCAAUUUAUUGAACGAGGAAGAAGAAGAAAGACUAUUGUGUAGACUUGUAGCUUCGACCAAUCACCCGGCUCUCUCACCGGGACAUCGAUUACUCUGCUAUCAUUGGCUGCUUCACUUCCCAGAAAAUAAGGCUAGGAAUCCAGAUUCUGCAAGUCUCUUACCUGAAGGUUUAGACUACCGCAAAUUUGCUUCCAUCUACCCGGCCGUGUUUGACGGGCUGGACACCACCCUGGUCAAACACAAUCUGCUGAGUUUGUGCUUCACGCCGGGUGACUGCCAAGAUUCAGCAUCGGCGACUCUGAUUGGAAGUCUGGUGUCGCUACAGAAGUCCAUACAUUAUGGAAUCUCUGGACGGCCAGCCGUUACGCUCUACAGAUCUCUCUAUCUGUAUUACCUCAGGCACCAUCACACCGUGCUAAGACAAGAAAUUUACAAGAUUAUUGUUGCCAUAGUGACAGAGCAGCCAAAGUUUGUUCCUCAUACAAUCAACUUUAUUGAAUGCAUCAAUAGAAGCAACGCAACAGAUCAUUUUCCUAUUGCGCUGUUGAGAUCAUCUAUGGAGAAUAUUGUGUCCAUGCCUCCCGUGGACGUCUUACAAGACGUGGAGUUUCAUCUUCAACUGCUUGAGAGAACUUGCAGAGAAAAAGACAUCAACCCAAAACCAACAGUGAUAUUUCUCCAUCAACUCCUAACGUCCACACCUAUUGCAUCCAGUGGUGGCUGGUUGUUGGGUACUUGCAUCCUCUCUGUCUGCCAUAGCAUCAUGCAGCAUCAUGAUACAACAGACAUCUUCAAAGAGUUUGGCCAGUUGCUGUUUGAGCUGUUCACAAUGUACAGUGAUUUAGACAUCAGAGACAGAGCAAGAUUCUAUUAUGCAAUGCUCACAAACAUCUCAAGUGAAAAGAUCUCUAGAAUCUUAUCAUCAGCCGGAACUACACAGAGUUUGACGAGACUUGUCACCGGGAGUUCCAACUUCAAUAUUCCUCCACCAGUACGGGAAAUCAACCAACCUAUUCUGUGCCUCACAAAGAUUAAGAGACGACCAGAUCAUGUGAUGAUCCCUGCUACUAAUCCAGAUCAGUAUUUGCAACAGCUCAAGACUAAUCCAAAUCCAGUUAUCAACAUGGACUACUACCUUCAUUAUAGUAAAGAACAAGUCAUUCCAGAAUCCAUGGAGAAACUUUACACGUUGGUCCUACACGUUGAUGUCCCUAAGAAUUACAAACCAAUAUCAGAUGUAUCAUUGCCUUGCCUUUCACUGUUGGAUUCCAGUCGACCCUCAGACACAUGUCAGGUGAUCUCACUAAAAAUACAGCCCCUGCAACCUAUCCCGUCACAACUCAACAUCAGUACAAUGUUCAUCUCAGCAAACAGCGAGACUUGUUCCUGUAGUCUCCCUCCAGCCGUUAUUCAGUUUUCUGACCUCUUCUUGCCGAUACCCGUCAUGCCAUCAAGCAGACUGAAACUAUUUGACGACUUGUGGGAGUAUAUCCACAAUGAACAAGAACAAAACAGUGAGAGUCUGUGUGUUGAAUCCGUCUGCACUUUACUGAUGGACAAGGCGGCCAUGUUGGAAGCUAUAGAUAGUCAGUUAAACGACUUUAGAAUCCACACAUAUCAGGAUGAUACGACACAAAUACAAGUAGGGAUCUGUCUGCCGCCCUCCUGGCACGUUCUCCUCAAAAUUACAACCAAUGAGGACAUGGCGGUAGUUGCAAUAGCAACAGACAACUGGAAAAUCUUGCCGUUGGUGAAUACGUUUCUCCAUGAUAUUGAGGGAAAUGGGCAAAGGUGAUAAACAAUUCUCAGAACAAUUUGUCCUGUGGGGUGAUACCUGCCUGUUUAUGUUUGUUAUAUUGUACAGUAUUGUUUGAUUGAGUUAUUUUGUCAAAUUUCAAGAAGCAUAACUUUUCAUCAAUAAGUGCGGGGCCCAAUUUCAUGGCUCUGAUUACUGCUGAAUUCUGCGCUUACGUGCAAGCGUAGAAUUUCU